UCCAGUAACUCUAGCAUUUCCGGGGUGAUUCUUGUUAAUUUCGGCCGUGGCAACAAAUUUUUCAAAAUGAAUUGUUACGUUGGCGUUGAAUUCCAGAACAAUGGUGGAAUUUCUCUUGUUCACUCUGCCUGGUUAACACCGCUUAAACGAGAAGUCUUUUGGCCGCCAAAACAGACAACCGGAAAUUUUAUAAAAUUAUUAAAAUCUGGACAAGAGCCUCCCCAGGAUAACAGCUGGAAACUUCACCAAAUUAAGCGAAUUUUUUUCCAGACUGACGACUAUAAGAUUGCGGAGAAAAAAAUUAAAAAGGCUGAAAUUACCUCAGAUUUAACUACAGAUGCUGAGGAAUCAGCAAUUAUUUCACCUCGAAGGAAAAUACGUCCAAAGAAAUUUUCCACUGAUGAUGAGCAGGAAGAAGUGCUGUCAUCAUCAGAAGAUGAUUUUCCAAAAAACAAGAAACCCCUACCUAGACCAAAACCAAUAAUACGGAAGUCUAUUACAAACAUAUUAUCUGAUUAUUCUGGCCCAAUUCAAACUUUUCCAUUAGCUUCAGCUGGACAAUCGCAAAGGUCGUUUGAGGAUAGUGAUUCUACAAAUCAACUUUAUUAUUUGCCACCUCAACAUUCAGCAAAAGAUACUCAAUUGACUAAAUCUUCAGGACAAAUUAUUAGAGGUUCUGCGUCAAAUCAGUCAUUUUGCCAGGCUGCUGUUUCGAACUCGUCACCAUAUAAUCCGUCAACUAGUAAAGCAACUGAUGUACAGAGCAACAUCAGAGCUGUAGUGGAAAGUAAUGGAGCAAACACUCAAGAUGAUGUAAUCACUUUAUUGAAGACCAUUAGAGAACAGAACAAUCAAAUUUUGCAGUGGAUCCGAAAACAAGAUCGCAGUGGCAAUCACGCCAGUAAUACAGAUUUACCAGAUGAUAUAGGCGUACAGUUUCCUUUGAAUUCUCAAGAGGAUAUUACCAAAUUGGAAACAUACCUGAGUGAAAAAAAUAAUUGCCUGGCUUUGUCGGCAUAUCUAUCGACUUUUGGAGGGAGAGAUUUUACUGGACAUACAAACCGCAUUUUAAAUUUUUUGUUCACUUAUUCUCUUGCAACUAAUUGGAAUUUUUGUGGCAAACGAGGUGAGAAAAAGGCUUUUAAAAACUUAAACGUAAAGGAUGUGAUUAUUGGUGCUGUAAGAAAAAGCUCCCCUCUAGUCAGUCAGAAAGAAAUAGAAGAUACCAUCAAGGUGUGGUUGAAACAUGCACCAGAGAAAUUGAAAAAGCAGCAGCAUGGCAAUCCGUAAGAAAAAAAGUGUUGUUAGUCAAAGACAACUCUACAGAAGGGUGGCAGAAGGAAAUUUAGCACCUGU